AACUCAUUAAGUCAGAUUACUCCUACAGCAUUAGAUAUGUCAUCAGCUAUUUAUGAGACAUCCAUGGUGCCAUUGAAGGCAUCUGAACACCAUUCAAUGCUGACUCUCCAUUUGCUCACACAACAAUCAAUACUAACUUAUACAACAAGCAAACGGCAUAAUUUCAACAAAACAAUUGCAGAAUUUGCCAAAACACCAAAAGCAUCCUUCUAAGGCACCUAUUGAACCAAAAACAUAGAACCAAUAACUUUCCCAACUAAUGCCAUUGAAACAGAUCCACCUCCAACCUCUGUGGACUUUCCUUCCUUCCUUUCUCUUCAAGUCUCAACAUAAAAGCAUCCAUUCACCAACUAAAUCAACAAACGGUGGUUCAAUUCUUCUCUUGCUCCAAUCCCACCAAAUGAGACCAACACUAACUCUCCUUCCCCUGCUCUUAUGCUGCAUCUUCCUCCUCCGCACCAUAAAAUUAGUCACCAAACUCUCCACUUCUCCACAUCAAACACAUUACAGCAAAAAUUUCUCCAUUUCUUUCAACAAUGGCUGCAAUCUCUUCCAAGGUAAAUGGCUACUCGAAGAACCGAGCUCGCGGCCUCUGUAUACUGAACAAAGCUGCCCUUACUUGACAAGGCAGGUGACCUGCAGGAAGAAUGGGAGGCCUGAUUCAGUUUAUCAGAAAUGGCGAUGGAAGCCAUAUGGCUGCAACUUGCCUCGUUUUGAUGCAUUGAUGCUUCUCCACAGUCUGAGGAACAAAAGGCUUAUGUUUGUGGGAGAUUCUAUACAGAGAACGCAGUGGGAAUCUAUGGUUUGUCUCCUUCAAUCUGCAGUUCCGGAUAAGAAGAAGAAGCUUGUUUAUAGAGAUCCACCCAGGAAAGUUUUCUUGGCAAAGGACUACAAUGCCUCGAUCGAAUUCUACUGGGCGCCAUUCAUUGUCGAGUCGAACAGUGAUCAUGCAACAAAGCACAGGGUGCAGAAGAGGAUGGUGAGGCUGGAUUCAAUUUCCAAACACAGCAGGCAAUGGGAAGGUGUCGAUGUGCUGGUGUUCGAGAGCUAUGUUUGGUGGAUGUAUGCGCCUCUCAUCAAUGCAACAAUUGGAUCUCAGGAAAUGAAAGAAUAUGAUGUGCCAACAGCUUACAGAAUAGCACUGAAAACUUGGACUGAUUGGAUUGAAUCAACACUCGAUCCUCAAACCCAGAAGGCAUUCUUCAUGACUCUUUCUCCUACUCAUCUUUGGAGCUGGGAAUGGGGAGGUGGGAGAACUGAAAACUGCCAUAAUGAGAGCUACCCUAUAAAAGGGCCAUUCUGGGGAGCAGGAUCAAGUCUGGAGAUCAUGGGAGCAGUGAAAGAUGCAGUUCAUAGAAUUAAAAGGAUAAAUGUAACAAUUCUGAAUAUCACACAGCUAUCAGAAUUCAGAAAGGAUGGCCACACUUCAGUUUUCACAGAGAGAAGAGGGAAAUUAUUGACAGGAGAGCAGAGAGCAGAGCCAAUAGUUUAUGCAGAUUGUAUCCAUUGGUGUCUUCCAGGUGUUCCUGAUACAUGGAAUGAAAUUUUGUAUGCUUAUUUGAUAUAUCAGAAAUUCAGAAUACUGACUGAUUCAUAG